UGUAGGUAGUUUUGAGGAUUGGAACAUUCAAUCUCUCCUUUCUGCAACCAUGAAAUUGUCCCUCUCUCCAUUGCUUUCUGUGGCGGCCACUGUUGCCGCCAAUCAAGCGACCUACUCGGGCAUCAACGCGAACGAUAAUCUUGAUGUUGUUACACUCACCGGAAGUUACACUAGCCUCGUUGACUCAGACUUCCCCAAUACUCGUCAAUUUCGUUCUGUUGCCUUUGCUGAGCCGCCAGUUAAUGAACGACGCUUUUUACCUCCCCAGAAGCUUCCUCCGUCGAGCGAGCAUCACUACUCCCCUGAGUUACCACCCUCUUGCCCCCAAUUCAUCUCGGCGACUCCUUCCUUCAUGAACCAAUAUCUUGGAUCCGGCGCUCUUAUAGAUAACGGCAACUCGAGUCACACGUCUGGCGAGAGUGGUGUGAAUACAUCUGAAGACUGCCUCCACUUAGCGGUGUGGACUCCUAAAACCGCUACAUCUGAUUCCAAACUCCCUGUCUUGUUUUGGAUAUAUGGUGGUGGGUUCACUAGCGGAGGUAUUAACACCCCUUACUACGAUGCCGCCGCUUGGGUAGAGAAGUCGCAGUCGCACAUAAUCGUCUCGACAAACUGGCGAGUCUCAAUUAUCGGCUUCCCUAACGCACAAGACCUGGAAGAUCAGAACCUUGGUCUUCUAGAUCAGCGCAUGGCACUUGAAUGGGUACGAGACAAUAUCGAAGCCUUUGGGGGCGACCCUUCAGCCAUCACCCAGAUGGGCCAGUCCGCUGGAUCCAUGUCAAUCGACGCCGCCGCGCACGCCUUUCACCAAGACCCCAUAAGCCGCGCAAGCAUAUUGCUUUCUGGAACUGUUGCCAUGGGCUUGCCAAUCAUGGACCAAACGUUCUCCAACUUCACAUUUGUUGCCAAACAGCUCGGCUGUGGGAAGAACAACACUAUUUCAGAGAUUGACUGUAUGCGCGCAGUACCCUUCCAGGAUAUCGUCAACAUCGUGGGCAAGUAUGUCGACAGCCAGAGUCAGCCUCCGCUCACCUUCACUCCCGUUCUUGAUGAGCGCAUUGUCUUCUCCGACUAUGCAGCGCGUUUUCGCGAAGGAAAGGUAGCCCGGGUUCCUACAAUCCUUGCCAACACAGCCAACGAGGCAUCAUCCUUUGCACCUUUCGAUCCCAGUAACCCCAACGUCGGCCCUCCACAGGAACUUCUUACACCAGUCAACCUCCAACUCUUUGUAUGUCCAACCUGGCAAUUCACUCUUGCACGAAACGAACUCGACAUUCCAGUCUAUCGCUAUCAAUUUGCUGGCGUCUUCCCAGACACAACUCCCUUGAGUUGGACCGGGGCGUUCCACGGAAGCGACAUACCCAUGCUAUUCGGAACAUACGAAAAGGUAAAGGGGUUAGGAGAUUCUACUGAGCUCGAAAUUGAGACUAGUCGCGCAAUGCAAGAUUAUAUACUUGCUUUCGUCAAGGACCCAGUGCUUGGGCCUCCAGCAUUAGGCUGGGAGACUACAUCUUCACAAGGGGGACGUGUGGCGCGAUUUGGGGCGGCAGGAAAAGCCGUGCAGUACGUCGAUGCUGCUGAAAUCGAUGGAGCUUGCUAUGGCGUGGGGGAGUACAACCCGUUCCCUUGAGGACCCUCAAAUGUACCGGUAGUUGUUGAAUUAAGAUUCCCGGGAAGAUCAAAAUCCGUCAAACUUGACUUAGUGCAAUAAAAAUUCGUCAUUCAGAACUUUUGUGAGCAAUUGCCACUCAUUCGCCACGCAAAUACGAGUUUGUCAAAGUGCAUGAAAAUGUUAUACGCAACAUUCCCCGUAUAGCUUCGUUGAUUCCUUUGAUCCCAAAUUCCCACUUUGUCCAGACUAUGUUCUCGGUAUUAAAUGUAAUCCCAGCAAGUGAGCGUAUGUAUGAAGAAAUAAGAUCUUCAAGAUUAUCGUAAUGGGCAAGAUCGCGACAUAGAAAACAGGUAUGUCGGCAUAUCGAUUUCCCUCGAUGGAAUUGGUAUCGCAUUGUGUACAGUGGAGAGUGCGAGGAAAGACCCAAUCUCAUCAAU